CAGAGCCGGCGCAGGAUGCCCCCGGCCCCCGGCAGCCCCCCGGGAGGCCCUGAGCUCGACGCGCCCCCUCUACGCCAUGUCCCCGCCUGGCUCGGCCGCGGGCGAGAGCGGCGGCGGCGGCGGCGGCGGUGGCGGCCCCGGGGUCCCGGAGGAGCCCACGGCGGCGGCGGCGGCGGACGAGGGCCUCGCCCGAGAGGAGCAGCGUCCCAUCCAGCCCUCUUUCACCAAGUCCCUCUGCCGUGAGUCCCACUGGAAGUGCCUGCUCCUCUCGCUGCUCAUGUACGGCUGCCUGGGGGCCGUGGCCUGGUGCCACGUCACCACGGUGACCCGCCUCACCUUCAGCAGCGCCUACCAGGGCAACAGCCUCAUGUACCACGACAGCCCCUGCUCCAACGGCUAUGUGUACAUCCCCCUGGCUUUCCUGCUCAUGCUGUACGCUGUCUACCUGGUGGAGUGCUGGCAUUGCCAAGCCCGCCACGAGCUGCAGCACCGCGUGGAUGUGAGCAGCGUGCGGGAGCGCGUGGGCCGCAUGCAGCAGGCCACGCCAUGUAUCUGGUGGAAGGCCAUCAGCUACCACUAUGUCCGCCGCACCCGCCAGGUCACCCGAUACCGCAAUGGAGACGCCUACACCACCACCCAGGUCUACCAUGAGCGCGUCAACACGCACGUGGCCGAGGCCGAGUUCGACUACGAGCGCUGUGGCGUCCGCGACGUGUCCAAGACGCUGGUGGGGCUGGAGGGCGCGCCUGCCACGCGCCUGCGCUUCACCAAGUGCUUCAGUUUCGCCAGCGUGGAGGCCGAGAACGCGUACCUGUGCCAGCGCGCGCGCUUCUUCGCCGAGAAUGAGGGCCUGGACGACUACAUGGAGGCGCGCGAGGGCAUGCACCUCAAGAACGUGGACUUCCGCGAAUUCAUGGUGGCCUUCCCCGACCCAGCCAGGCCACCCUGGUACGCCUGCUCGUCGGCCUUCUGGGCUGCGGCGCUGCUCACGCUGUCGUGGCCGCUGCGCGUGCUGGCCGAGUACCGCACGGCCUACGCGCACUACCACGUGGAGAAGCUUUUCGGCCUGGAGGGCCCCAGCUCGGCCAGCGGCAGCGCGGGCGGCGGCCUCAGCCCCAGCGACGAGCUGUUGCCCCCUCUCACGCACCGCCUGCCGCGGGUCAACACGGUGGACAGCACGGAGCUCGAGUGGCACAUCCGCUCCAACCAGCAGCUGGUGCCCAGCUACUCGGAGGCGGUGCUCAUGGACCUGGCAGGGCUGGGCGCGCACUGUGCUGGGGGCGCGGCGGGCGGCUACGCGCCCACGUGCCGCUACGGUGGGGUGGGUGGCCCAGGCGCAGCGGGCCUGGCCCCGUACAGGCGCAGCUGCGAGCACUGCCAGCGCGCCGUCAGCAGCUCCUCCAUCUUCUCGCGCAGCGCUCUUAGCAUCUGCGCCAGCCCUCGGGCCGGACCGGGGCCCGGCGGCGGGGCGGGCUGCGGGGGCAGCCGCUUCUCCCUAGGCCGCCUCUACGGCUCCCGGCGCAGCUGCCUGUGGCGCAGCCGGAGCGGGAGCGUCAACGAGGCGAGCUGCCCCACCGAGCAGACGCGGCUGUCCAGCCAGGCCAGCAUGGGGGACGACGAGGACGACGAAGACGAGGAGGAGGGCGGGCCGCCGCCGCCCUACCACGACGCCCUCUACUUCCCCGUGCUCAUCGUGCACCGGCAGGAGGGAUGUCUGGGCCAUGGCCACCGGCCGUUGCACCGCCACGGCUCCUGCGUAGAGACCUCACUGUGACCCCGGGGCCUUGGACCGGCCCGCCGGCCUCCUCACUGCCCCUCGCCGAUGGUGCUCCCUGCGUGUAGCAGGGGGAGUCAAGAAUGUGGCCGAGGCUGUGCUGGGCACGGUGCGGGUGGGGUGGGGGGAGGCGAGGGGGCAAGGGACAGACCCCGAAGGGGCCGAUUCGAGCACCUCCCCACACCCUCCUUUGCUGAACAUAGACAGCUGUGGGGAGGGGAGGGAAUCCCGCCCCGGCAGAGCUGUCUCUUCCAGCCCCGCCCCUGAGUUCCUAGGGGGACACCUCCACUUCCCACACGCAUACUCGCACACUCGGAAUUUCCAGUCCCGCCUUUCAACGGAUCUAAUGACUGUUACGUGGAGACUGCCGUGGGACCCGCGUUGGGCCUCACCUCAAGGGAGAGGCCCUCGCUUUGCAGCUGGGGAGGUUUACAGGCCAGGGGAAGGGCAAUUGGGGCUUUCCUUCCUCCGCAGCCUGGCCCCGCUGGGGCCUCUCUCUACCGAGGGGGCAGUGGUUUGGAGAAGAGCAGGGCUGGCUUCCAUCCAAGCUAAUGAAUUCAGUGGGUCUGAGGCCUGGGCAGGUGUCAGCCGCGAUACUCCAUCUCAAAGCCUCAAAGCCAUGGAAUUGUUGAUCUCUUCUUGGCGCUGGCCCGGGGUUUCCUCUCUGCCACUCCCUCUGCUGCUGUUUAUCUCACUGGGCCCUGGGAGGCUGGGUCCUGGGGGGGGGACUGUACUCACCAUGCAGAUUUCACACUUCUCCCUCCCUUCCUGCUCCCUGGCUUUGAAGAGCUGUUGCCAGGGGUGAGGGGCAAGGCAAACUGUGGAGGGCAGUGCACCUCAGUCCUUUAAACUGUAGCCUCGUCACCUGGGUUCUGGGAGGGCACUCCCUUCAGAGAGGGUGGGAGACCACCCAGGCAGCAUUCCUUCAAGCUGACCAAGGUGAAUGAAUGACUAAGUGGGGAGAGCAGGAGAUAGGCCUGGGUGACAAGGGGGAACUCAGGAAGCUAGUGGGAGUCAAAGAGGAGAGGGUCGUGAAAAGACCCCCCAAAGGUCGGAGUGUCUGUGGGGGACGGCCCUUGCAUCCCCCGAACUUGUGGGGAAGAGUGGAGAGUGGUCGUGUGCAAGCAGAGCCUCUGCAGGGCUGAGGACCUUGUCACGAACCCCAGCUGGAGAAAGACUCAUUUCCAGUGGCAGGGUCAGAGGCAGGAAUUCUCUAAAUCUUGCCUGACCCCUCUGUCCUCCCCUAGCCCAUGAGCUGAAGCCCUGCUGUGUGUCCCAGGGUCUUCAAAGGGGCAAACUGCCUCCGCCGCAGGGCGCUGGCCCUGUGUGCUGCUCCCCCACUGCUCCUACCCUGAUGUGCUUCCGUGUGCAUGUCUGUGUACAAACCCCCUGCCCUCCCAAAUCCCCUGGCUAAUGUUUUCCCAGCUGACAGUGCCCAGGGAUUGAGCUCACAUUUCCAGCUGGAGAGGAAAACCCUCAGGCCUCCAACAUGGCUCACCCCUGAUGCUUCUCAUGUCACCUGAGCCAUCAGAGCUGCCCCUUUCCCUCCUCCAGCCUCUCCCCUCUUCCUCCAGCCUAGCCAGGCCUGUACCCCCCAAGGGUAUGGCCUCCACCUAUGCAACAUUUCCUCUGGCUCCCCUAACCUUUCCUGGGGGACUGGGGGCCACAGAUUUUGGGGACACCACGGCCUGUGGCCCAUCAGGGUUGAGCCUAACUUUCAGGUGGAGAUGGCUGAGUGGGAAGAGAGAGGAGGCCGGAGAAGAGGAGGCUUGGAGAGGAGGGGAACAGCUGCCCACUAGGUUUCCCUGGGCAGCAGUGCCACCUACCCGCCAGCACUGUGCUCUCCAGGGGCCUGGGGGUUGGAGCACCCGUUUCCUCUGAACGGACAUCUUCAAGGUACAGGUGGUGAGCUGUGGCCUCAGGACCCAGUUCUUGGCCAGUUGGCACCCGGAUGUCACGCCCUUGUGUGGGGCAUCCUGGCCACCUCAUGGCUCCAAGGAGGGAGGAACUCAGCUCCUCCUGCCUCAGGGCCAUUCCUCAGACAGAACCUGAGCUGGGAGGAGGGGGAAAGGGGAGGGGCUGUUAUUAUUUUUGCCUGUAUUGACCAUUUCUGCCUAGGUCUUCUCAUACAGACAGCCUCACACCUCCCACAUAUGCACAGACUUAGAGAGAAACCAAUUCUUUGGUCUGUUUUCUUGGUAGCUUUAUUGAUUGCCAGGGAAAACAAAACCAGAAAAUUAACUAAUCUCUAAAAUUAAACUUUACACUGAAUGUUCUUGUUUCUCUAAUUAGACCCUCUGCUAGCAGCUGUGGCUAUGUACACACACACUCACACACCCUCACACCUACACGUUUGCACUCGAACUGUCAGAGGAUGUCAGGCACAGACAGACUCAAGGUUGCCCAGACAGGCACACAUGUGCGGUCACUGCCAAGCCCCCUUUGGUGCUCUGCUUGUUGGAAGGAGUCCCUGGAAAGCGCCCCAAGGCUGUGGGUGCAGCCCAUGACACACCCUCUGGAAACACAGGGCUGGAGGUUCAGCCCAAGGAGGAUGGGAGGUGGGGCUCUGCCUGAAUCCAUCAUCAGGCCCUCUUGUGGCCCUGUGGGUAGAUGUGAUUCCCGUGGGUGUGGCCCCAAGGCGGGCAGCCACAGAGUGACGGGGACUCAUGGAGGAUGCCUGGAAGGUUUCAUGUGUCCUGGGGACAAGGGCUUGUGGGGUGGGCUGGGCCUGGCUGGGGAGAAGACAGGUCUCUGUCAACUGGGUGCAUCACACUGUGGCCUUUCUGUCGUGGAUUUCCAAGCGCAAAGAUUGUAUAAAUCAAACUGGUGGAUAAUAAAGUUGCAGAUGACUCAC